GAGUAAACUAUCUCAAAAUAUUGAAUUUCUGUCUAAUCAUCGAGUUAAAAAAUUAAUUUUUGUGCGAAAUACAAUAUUUUCAAACAUGGGAGAUUAUUCAAACGAUUUAGUUCUUCUCGAAAGAGUUCUUCUCAAACUUGGUCUUGCUGAUACAGAUGAACAGUUGGAGAUGCAAUUAAAUAAAUUUCUGGGUCCGGUUUUAUUGAAGAUUGUCAGCCCAUCAGAAGAUGUCAGAAAGAAAGUAAUGGAAAUUCUCACCCACGUCAAUAAGCGGCUUAAGAGUCGUGGUGAAGUGAAACUGGAUCUUAUUCCAUUACUGAAACACUAUCAAGAGUCUUCAAAUUCAUUUCUCAUUAAUUUCGCUAUCAUUUAUAUAACUCUUGGAUUUCCUCGUCUUGAUAUUCAGAAACAAACUGAACUUGUGUCGGUCAUUCUUAAUUGUCUUGAAGGCAAACCAGAAGUUCAUCAAAACAAGCUGUUAAUGUUGAUUCUUCCUUUGCUUGGUGAAUUGAAAUUUCCCGAGAAUCCCGAAGAAAGGAAAACACUUUUUGGAUUAUCUGAAAGACCAAACACAAAGCAACAUCUUUUGUCAAUUCUCCUUGACGUUCUUCUCCUUCCUUAUGGAUUCAUUGAAAGUGAAGUGCCGUCAGGAAUGUCAAGUUACAACUUCAAAAGAGUUUGUUUGGAAAACAAAAAGGCUGAAUAUCUGGAAACGAUGAAGAAAGGAAUUGUCAGAUUUCUUGAUUGCGGUGUCUUUGAUGACACUGAAAUUGUGCCACAUUUAAUAGUUGCAAGUGCUGAUACAAGAUUUUCUGUUGCAACGCCAGCAUUGAAUGAACUUAACAAGAUUUGCACAUCUCUCGAUUGGUUUGAUGCAAAAAUGACUGCGCCGCUUUAUAUUCUUUUCUCAGGAAAUGGAUCGAAAGUACCGGAACGUAAAACCUCACCAUGCAGUACUCGAGUGAAACAAAAGAUUCUUCAACAUUUGUUGAAAUGUCGUGGAAAUGCUAUCAAUGUUGCUAAAGGAAUUCAAGUAAUUUUUGAAGGAUUAUUUGGAGGUGAAUCGACGAAUCAGAAAUGUAAAGUCGCAGCUUUACAAUUCGCUACAAAUCUCAUCUCUUAUGGACAAAAAGAUCUCAUCGAAAAGCUUUCAAAAGUUUUACAAACUUACAUUACAAAGCUCAUUGGAAGUGAAUCAAGUGAGCCAAUCGACGUUCAAAACGCUGCUUACAAUGCAAUCGCAAAAUUAAUUGCAACAUGUCCUGAAUCGUUCAACAAAGAUGUCAAUUUAAUUGUUGAUUAUUUCAAUCAUUUAAAUGCUUCAACACCAGAUAUGCAUAAUACAAUUCGUGAAGUUCUUGUUGCUCUUGCUCAAGCUUUUAAAUGGGAUCCAUCAAAGCAAAAAGACGAACCGAUGGAACUUGAUGAUGAAGGAAAAUUCGAACAGAAAAAGUUUAACGAGAAAUUUUCACCAUCAAGCAGUCAUCUGUUGAUCCUUGGAGUUCUCCAAGAACAAGCCGAAUCGAGACUUCCAAUCGCACAAAAUGUUGCAAGUUUAUUUCUCACAACAUGCUUUCCAUCAUAUUUCGUACCAGCUCGUUAUUUAUUGCUCGUUCUUUGUGGAACAAGUGCACAACUUCGUGAAACAAUCUACGGAUAUUUAUACGGAUCACAAAGGAAAGAUCACAUUAAUUACAGUAAAUUGAUUUCAUGUGAUCAUGUGGGAGAUGAUGCCGAUGAAAAGGAACUUUUGAUUGAUCAAAUGAUCAUUCUUCCUGGUUUCAAGCCAAUGAUUUAUCACAUUGAGAAAAUAGCUGAGAAGAAGUUGUCAAGUGCGAGUGAACGAGCGACUUACAAUAAUCAUAAACUUGCUUUCAACUUGGAUAUCUUCACAGAAUUACUUGAGUAUCUUCGUGUUUGCCUUUGGUUUUCUGCUGGUUGUUCAUCUGAACCAGGAACUGAUAAUCAAAUGUCAAUGUUAAGUGAUUUUAUCACGCAACUUAAUGAUUGUGGAAAUAUUGAGCACAUUGAGAAGUUUAUGAAGUUGAUAAGAAAUGUUCUUGUUGCAAAGAAAGGAAUUGUUGAGUUGUCUUGUUUAUCAGAUUUACUAACAGCAGCUCCAACAAUCAUCACAAAGAAUAAUCAUGAUUUAAGAUCAUCGCUUAGUAAUUCAUUACGUGAAGUUAAUGAAACAACACGAACAUUGAUUGCAAGAAUUUAUGGAAUUUUGUUAGCUUAUGGAACAGACGAGAAAAAUUUCAAUGACGAAAUUAAAAAUUUAGCUAACGUUUCACAAAAAUCUCUCGAGUAUCAACAUGGAUCAGUUUUAGCUUUAUCAAAUGGAUUUUAUCAUCGAAUUAUUAAUUUAAGGAAGACUGAAGAUGACAUGGGAUUAGCUCAAUUGAUUUCAAGUAGUGAACUUUCUGAUUCGAUUAAUUAUCUGGUGAAACUUUUAACUGAUCAAAAAGCUUUGUUGACACUUGCAGCAAUUAAAGGAAUUUCGUUAAUUGGUUGUUCAACUGAAUUACCGUUGGAAGAAAUAAACGACGACGAAGAUUCAUCGAAAGAUAAAAUGGAAGUCGAUGAACCACAAAACACUAAAAAUUAUGUUUUUAAAACAAUCUUUCAUCUCUUGAAAAGCUCUCAAACAAAACAAAAGAUUCGUGAAGAUUCAGCUCAUUGUCUUGGACAUUUAUCGAUUGGUGAUUCAAAGUUUUUCGCAAAGAAAACGAUUAAUGGAUUUUUGGAUCUUAAAAGAUCAACAAAAGAUGCAGCAAUUCAUAUUGCAAUUGCACAAGGACUGGUUUUUGUUGUUGCUGGUGAUGAGAAUCUUCCCAAGGAAGUUCAUUGUAAGGAAGACGAUGAAAUGUUGAGAAAUUUGGUCAGUGAGUUAGUGAAAAUUGUGCCGGAAGUAAAUGUUUGUUCACGUCAAGCAGUGGCUUUGUGGCUUCUUGCUGUGGUUAAAGCUUGUUCACAACGAAAACCUGUUCUCGAGAAGAAACGAAUCCUUCAAAUGGCUUUCACAAAUCUUCUGUCAGAAGAGAAUGAAUUAGUUCAAGAUGUUGCAAGUCGUGGCUUGGGUUUGAUCUUCAGCAUCUCAAAUGAAAGCGAUCAAUCGGAAUUAUCAAACAUUUUACUUGAUCAACUGACUGCUGGUAAUAAAGGAAAAGUCAGGCAAGUCACUGACGACACGCAAUUAUUUGAAGAAGGAGUUUUAGGAAAGACACCAACUGGUGGAAAUCUCACAACUUACAAAGAACUUUGCAGUUUGGCAUCUGAUUUGAAUCAACCAGAAAUUAUUUACUCCUUUAUGCAAUUGGCAAACAACAAUGCAAGUUGGAAUAGUCGUCUUGGUGCAGCGUUUGGCUUAAAAUCAAUUUCAGGCAUUGCUAAAACUAAAAUGCAACCUUAUUUGUCAAAAAUUGUUCCGCGAUUGUUCCGAUACAAAUACGAUCCAACACCAAAGAUUCAAAACAGUAUGAUAAGCAUUUGGGAUUCAGUUGUUAUUGAUAACAAAGAAACAAUUGAAUUGUAUUAUUGGGAGAUUUUGGAAGACAUUACAACGAACUUGACACAUUCUGAAUGGCGAACAAGAAUUGCUUGCUGCUUAGCAAUCAGAGAUUUAAUUAAACGAUCGAGUGGGUUGCGAUUGAGAAGUCGAGAACCAUCACAAUCGACAGAUGAGAAGAUGGAAGUUGAUGGAAAUGUUCCUGAACCGGAACUUAAGAAACUUUGGUCACAACUUUAUCGUGUCAUGGAUGACAUUCAUGAAGGAACACGUGAAGCAGCUGAAGGAACAGCAAAAUUAUUAGCAAAGAUUUGUGUUGUUUCUGUUUCAUGUGAUCACGGCAAGAGUGGAGCAAAUGUUUCAGCUUCAAUUCUGCCUUUUCUUCUUGAGACUGGCGUCACACACACAGUUAAAGAAAUUCGUGAAUUAAGUUUGAAAACAGUUUCGGAAAUGAUCGAUUCUUCUGGACAAUUAAUUCAUCCGCAUUUAUCGUCACUCAUCCCAUGCUUAUUGAAAGCAACUGGCGAGUUAGAUUCGUCGAAAUUAAGUAUGUUAAGUACGAUGGUGAGUGCACAAAGUGGAACACAAGAAGCUGUUGAUUCGGCAAGAGCUGAAAUGGCUAAAAGUCAUUACACGAUGGAAACACUUAACAAAUGUAUUAAAUAUAUCGAUUACUCAACUUUAGAGAAGACAACGCCAGCUGUUCUCGACUUGAUUAAGACAAGCGUCAUUUUAGGAACGAAAAUAGCGACAGCACAUUUUGUAUGUUUGAUUAGCAUUCAUUUGAGUAAAGACAUGACGCCUUUAGUGGGAAAGUAUUUAAGUGCAUGUGUGACAGCACUUUCAGAUCGAAAUACUGUUGUAAGAAAAUAUUAUGCGACAGCAAUUGGACAUUUAAUCGGCAAUGCUAAAGACACAACUGUCGUGAGUUUGUUUAAGAAGCUCAACAGCAUGUACUUUGAAGAUCAAAGUGGAAAAUCGCGAUCAAUUGUGUUGACACUUAGCGCCAUCAACAAGAAACAUGCGGACAUUAUUAAAGAUUAUUCAAGUUCUAUCAUGCCAUUGAUUUUCUUUGCGAAACAUGAAGAAAUUAAUGAAGAUAAUAAAUCGACAGUUGAAAUGUGGCAAGAAUUAUGGAAUGAUGUAAGUUUCGGUGAUUCUAUGCUUCAACUUUAUUUCAAUGACAUUGUAGCUGUUUUGGAGAGUUCUUUGAACAGUCAAAGUUGGUUAUUAAAAGCACAAAGUGGAUGUUCAAUUAAAACCAUUGCGAAGAGAUUGGAAACAUCCUUGAAAGAAGAAGAUCGUAUUCGAUUGACGGAACUUGCUUUAUCGAACGUAAGUGGUCGAACGUUUUAUGGAAAAGAGAGAUUAGUUGAAGCACUUGCAGCUUUAAGUUCGAAAAGUUCUAGUAAAGAACUCAACAAUCGAAUAAUUGAAGCAGUUUUGAAAGAAUGUAGAAAGGAAGAAGAAGUUUAUAAGACGAAAGUUUUGAAAUGCCUUGGAGACGUUCUUGAAACUUUGGAUGAAGAAAAUCGUUUCGAAGAUGUCUACAACAUAGUUUGGGAUUUGUUGGAUAAACAAACACUUUCAUCGAAGGAUGAUGAAGCGGGAAGUAGCAACACUUUUAAUGAAGAGCGAAAUAAACAAAAAGUUUUGUUGAUCAACUUGAAAGAAGUUGUUUGUGAAACUUUGGGAAAAUCUUGGCCAUCAUUAAAAGCUGUCAACUCGAUGGAAACUCAGGAGAAAUAUCAACUGAUGUUGAUUAUUAAACUCACGGAAUGCUUGAAAGUAAACACAAGACCCAUUCAAAAGAGUUUGUUAGUUGCGUUGGGAUUGUUCUUGGAGAAACUUCACUUGCUGAGCUCCGAGUCGGUUGUGAAAGAAGAAAACCUUCUCAAGAUUUGUGAUUUGGUGAUGGUUAAUGUUGCAGAAGCUUCAGUUGUACCUCACACUGGAUUGAAGAAGGAAGCACUUCAAGCUUAUUUAAUUCUCCUUAAGAAACUCAAAGCAAAAGACAAGAAGGACGAACUGAAGUUCAUCAAAGGGAAGUUCGAGGGAAUUUUAAUUAAUUUCCAGAAAGAUUCAUCACCUGAAAUUAAACUUCGAUUGCAAGACAUCAGCGAUCAACUCAAAGGAAUUUAAAUAAUUUAUUUGUAUUUUAAUCAUAAUUCAGAAGAAUAAAUUUUCUUAUCUUAUUAAAAGAAAUUUC